UCUCAGCGUCGGUCACGGGAAAAAUAUAUUAAACAAUUCCAAUAAUUAUAUUUGUCUGAGUCAUUGUGACAGAGCUCCAUCUGUAUAAACUGUAUUUUUAAUCACUUUCUCUGUAAAACAGUAUAAGCACUCAAAGAAAAAGAAAAAGAAGAAAAAAAAAAUAAAAUCUGAAACACCACAGCUUUACCCUCUAAUCUAUUUGAAUUUUGACCCCAUAAAGAGAAAAACUUGAAACAAUCUCUUCCACGCUCGUCUACAUAUUUGGCUGCCGGUGACUGAAGACUCAGUACUGGCGUAAAACAACGAGUGCCCAUCUUCCACUCAACGGUGAGUGGGAAAUUGGACAUUUUGAGAAGGAAGUUGUGUAGAUUAAGGGAUUGGAAUGGAGGUUUUGUGCUUUGAGGUUAGAUUUACUUGCGGGAAAAGCUAAUGAUUGUAAUGGAUUAUUGAACUGAUAAUGUUAGCCAUUUGGGGCAUGCAAAUCAUGCUUUUGAUGAGGGCCAAGCCAACCAUCUCUGGCACGAAUUUAAAUGGCAUCUAUUAGAAGAACCCUGUCUCCAGUGCCUCGACCUGGAAUUGCAUUGAGUGGGGAAGCCAGUUCUGUCGCUUCUCCACUUUCCAGGUCUUCCACUUGUGCUCCUCAGAGCCAUCCCCCAUCCAGUGGAUUUUUUUCUUCUCUAUCCAGCUCACUCGAUUCACAAGCCUUUGCUUUUAUUGUGUUCUCUCCAAGGACUUCAAGGCCCCUUGAAAAAUCCAAACUUAAAGGACAAGUAUGGAGGAGGAUGCUUUUCCAAUUUUUUAUAUGCUUUUUGGUUGGAAUAUUCAUUGGGUUCACUCCAUUUUCCUCCAUCAAUAUUUCCACUAAUCUCAUGUCAAAGAAUCAAGCCUUUUCCUUUGAGGUGAUGUCUGCAGUUGGAAAGUUUCAGUCAUAUGAUACUGUAUCUAGAAGUGAUAUGGCAUUAGACAUUGGGGCUAUGAAGGAAAAUGGUACCUUAAAACCUGAGCUGGUGGAGUCAAAACCAAUAGAUGGUAUAUCUCAACAUACUAAUUACAAUGUAUCACUUGUUGAAGAAUCAGAAUUGGACUUCAGAAAGCUUUUAAUAAUUGUGACUCCGACACAUGUUUGGCCAUUUCAAGCCUAUCAUCUGAAUCGUUUGGCUCAAACAAUAAAGUUAGUAUCAUCCCCUUUGUUAUGGAUUGUUGUGGAAAUGGCCUCACAGUCUGUAGAAACAGCUGACAUAUUAAGGAGAACCGGGGUUACUUACAGGCAUCUUGUUUGUAACGUAAAUCUAACUGAUGUUAAAGACAGGAGUGUUCAUCAAAGAAAUGUAGCAUUGUCACAUAUUGAAACUCACCAUCUUGAUGGAAUAGUCUACUUUGCCGAUGACGAUAAUAUCUACUCAACAGAACUUUUUGAGCAAAUGAGGCAGAUAAGGCGAUUUGGGACAUGGGUAGUGGCCAACGUACCAGAGAACAAAAUUAACCCCAUACUAGAAGGGCCCAUUUGUAAUGGAACUCAAGUAAUCGGAUGGCACAUGAAUGAAGCAAAAUGGAGAUUUCGGAGAUUUCAUGCUGAAAUAUCUGGGUUUGCCUUUAAUAGUACUAUACUCUGGGAUCCAAAGAGGUGGCACAGACCUAUGCUUGAACCUAUUAGACAACGUCACACAGUCAAGGAUGGUCUUCAAGUAAGCACAUUUAUUGAACAAAUUGUGGAAGAUGAGAGCCAAAUGGAAGGACUGGAGCAAGAUUGCUCUAGAAUCAUGGUUUGGCAUCUUCAUCUUGAAUCAGCUAACUCUGUCUAUCCUCAUGAAUGGUUCAUGAAGGAAAAUCUAGAUGCCAUUGCUUCCUUUACUAGAAGUUCUUGACACGAGAAGAGUCCAUGUGAAUGAUAGGUAAGCUCUCAGAGAUCCUUUUGCGAUUCUACAUACUAAACAAACAAUUCUAUUUCUACUUUUCACAUGUUACACAACUAUACUUCUCUUGUCGGGUUUGUGAUGAUUCUCGGUGAGCAAUCAAAGACAAAUUUUAGGCAGAUUCAUAGUUAUUAAGAAACGGGAAAUAAAAGAAGUAUAAAUUGCUUGUUGUAUUUCUAAUGCAAAGGUAAAUGACCUUUUACUCCAUUCUUUAAGGAUGUUAGAUUAGUCUCAGCUCAAAGCCAUCGUGCUGACACACACCCCUACUUGAAGGCAUCCAUCCUAGUCUGCCUAUUAGUACUAAUGAAUUAUGAAUGGCUCAAUUGUUUCCUCCUAUUAAAGGGGGUUCCUAGAAAUACAAAAGUAAGGAUGUCCUGAAUACCUGGACAAUUGAAAAGCAGUCAACAACACUCGGGUUUUCAGUUUGUCUUCGUUUUUUGUUACAUUUAUCUUUCAAAGUAGUUUUUUUUUUACUAUUUAUGUUGUCUCGUCUCUGUCCUUGAAUUGCUUUUCAGGGCUGGAACUAUCAGUUAAGAAUCUUAUUCAACGAUCAUCGUCAGCUUGUAUGUGCUUAAUCGUUGGUAAUUUUAAUAUCUUUAUGCAUGUUUAGAUGUUACAGCUCGUUUCCUCCUUUCCUAAAUGGUGGAAUGUUUUGGAAACAAAUAUCCCUCGAAACGUAAACAUGUUAUCUUCUUGCCUAAUUUAGUUUGUAGGUUAUUCUUUCUUUAUUUUUGUCCGAAGAGAAGCAAUGUUGUUCUAGUCGAAACCGGUUGUCAAAUUCAAAACCAUCUUAAAGUUCAUAAAAAUGUGGAUUUUAUUUAUGUUUGCUUUCUUACUUUUCUUUCUCAUUUUUUGAUCAUUCUUUGCUAGUAUCCAUUUGUAAGCAAAUUUUGAUACAUGUCAACUUUUAUUAUCUUCUCACAAUUUGGCU